AACUCAUUAAUACAAUACGAUAAUUCCUUAAGUGGGAGGGAGAGAGAUGCUAUCGCAGAAGCUUCACGAAGCCUUCAAAGGCACGGUAGAGAGAAUCAGAGGUCCUCGCACCGUCUCCGCCUUCAAGGAGAAAGGCGUUCUCAGCGUCUCCGAAUUCAUCGUCGCCGGUGAUAAUCUCGUCGCCAAAUGCCCCACCUGGUCCUGGGAAUCAGGUGAGUCAAGCAAGAGGAAACCGUACUUACCCCCGGAAAAGCAGUUCUUGAUUACUAGAAAUGUUCCUUGUCUACGAAGGGCUGCAUCUGUAGAAGAAGAAUAUGAAGCCGCUGGAGGUGAAGUGCUACUUGAUGGUGAAGAUAAUGAUGGUUGGCUGGCAACUCACGGUAAACCAAAAGAAAAUAAUUGCGAUGAGGAUGAUAACUUACCUACUAUGGAGAUCCUAGAGAUCAGCAGGAAGAAUCCUAUUCGGUCAAUCCCUUCGUACUUUGGGGGUGAGGAGGAAGACGAUAUUCCAGACAUGGCUGACUAUGAUGAACCUGACAACCUUCUUGAAACCGAUCCAGCAACACUUCAGUCUACAUAUCUUGUGGCUCAAGAACCUGAUGAGGAUAAUAUUAUUCGCACCCGAACUUAUGAUGUCAGCAUCACGUAUGAUAAAUAUUAUCAAACACCUCGAGUAUGGCUUACUGGAUAUGAUGAGUCAAAAAUGCUUUUGCGACCAGAACUUGUACUUGAAGAUGUUAGUCAAGACCAUGCACACAAAACGGUAACCAUCGAAGACCAUCCUCACUUGCCUGGGAAGCAUGCAUCUGUUCAUCCAUGUCGACAUGGAGCCGUAAUGAAAAAAAUUAUUGAUGUUCUAAUCUCACAUGGGGUUGAGCCAGAAGUUGACAAGUACCUCUUCUUAUUCUUGAAAUUCAUGGCCUCUGUAAUUCCAACUAUCGAAUAUGAUAACACCAUGGACUUUGAUGUUGGCAGCACAAGCAACUGAUGAGAGAUGGAGAAGCUCUAAAAAUUCAUCUAAGAUUCCAGCAAUAUCCUCUGGUUGCUGCAAUCGAUCAAAUGUCGUUCUUGUAAAUAAUAUCUAAAUGAAACUGUUUAUUAAUAAACUUAUGUGAGAAUUUGUUUUGUAAUUAUUGUUGUACAGUUUCCUGUAUAUUAACGGAGGCUCACUUUAUAA